CUUCUUAGUUUUCCUCUUUAAAACCCUUAUUGAUCACUUCCCCAUUUCAAAUCUCUCUCUGGCUAUCUCUCUAUCAUUUUCCCUCGGAAGCCAUUUUUAUCGUCCUCCCUGUUCCUUGAAAUCCAAGUAACAGUUUCGUCAACCCAGCGACCAGACCCUUGAAAAAGCUUUGGGAUAUAUUCAUGAGUUGCAACGGGUGUCGAGUCUUACGAAAAGGAUGCAGCGACAGUUGUGUUCUACGUCCAUGUCUACAAUGGAUCGAGAAUCCCGAAUCACAGGGCUUUGCCACCGUUUUCGUCGCCAAGUUCUUCGGCCGAGCGGGUCUCAUGUCUUUCAUUUCUGCCGUUCCUGAAUCUCAACGCCCUGCUUUGUUCCAGUCGCUGUUGUUCGAAGCUUGCGGGAGAACGGUGAAUCCCGUGAAUGGAGCCGUCGGGCUUCUAUGGACCGGGAACUGGCAUGUUUGUCAAGCGGCGGUCGAAACAGUUCUCCGUGGCGGAACUCUACAGCCGAUACCGGAAUCCAUGGCUCCGACAUCGGAAGCUGCCGGUUCGGAGGACAUGUGGAAGUUGCAAGAAACGGUGACGAGUUUGAACUCCAACUGUCGGUUUUCCAGUUCAAGAUCUAAGGUUUCAUCACAUAAGCGUAAAACCAUGGAUGAGUUGAAGAAAUUACAGCCGUCCGAUCUGGAUCUUUGCUUGACUCCAAAUUUUAAAGGAGACCGAAUGGAUGAUAAUAGACGGCCGGGGACUCCGUCUAUGAACUCGGAGGAAUCCGUCACGACGACUACGUGCUUUGAAAGUGGGCUUGCAGAUCAUGGGAAGUUACUAAACUUGUUUGUUUGAGGAGAAAAAAAAAGGAGAAAUGAUAUUCUUUUUUGGUGAAUCUAACGCUGAAAUGAUUUGGGGGAUUUAAAUUAUUUUUGGAGCACGUUUCCCCGGAAAAUUCUUUUACCGGUGAGAGUAUUUAAAUUACCUGCAUAUGAUUCCUCUCUUUUUAUUUGUUUCAGUACUGUAAAAACUGUGCGUGAGAGAGAAAAUAAGUAUGUCGAUGAUCAUCUUUUUUGUUAUUAAACUGUGUUCUUCGUUUUUUUUUCAUGUAAGUAUGAAAUUUAGGUUUUAGUGUCAAUUAAAACCUAUGUGCAGUUGUGCACCACGAACUUGGUUGAUGAAUAAAUCAAAGUUCAUUUUUA